AUGCAGCAGACGCUCAACAGGACGCCCUCCGCGGCCAGCUCUAGACCUCCGUCUUACCGCUCUGUCCCUGCGCCUGGCCACCACUCCGGCAGCAGCAGCAGCGCCUCGCCGUCGGCCAGAACACCUCUCACGCCGGGAACGCCAUCCUCGUCAGCGAGCCGCAGCAUGGCUUCGCCUUUGUCGAACCACCACCACCGCAGCAGCAGAAUGUCUCCAUCUUCCAGGCCACACGAAGCAGGCGGCGAUAGACGUCACCGCCACUCACAUUCGGUCCCCCGCUCCUCGCGCCACCGUCGUGGCAUAUCUCUGCCCGACGCCAUUGACGCCCUUGACACCAUUGGCGGGGCUUACCACCACGACGGUCCCUACGAGGCUACCCUGGCAUCGCGCAACAUCAACAAGAAGUACGCCCCCGUCGACGCUGUGCGCGAGUCCAACAUGGCAGCUCUCCGCGCCACCCCUGAAGCCUACAUUAGAGACAGCCUCGAGCGCCACGUCCCCCUCCAAGGGACUUCUACUGUGCCCAGCGGCUUUUACGACAUUGGCGGCAAGCUUAUGGACUAUGAGGAGGGUGCGGACCUGAUGCGUGAGGCUUCCGCGGGAGGCGGCGCCUACAAGCGAUGGGACUUCAUGGAUUAUCAUCCCGAUGAUCUCAAGGGCAAGGGUGAACCGUCCUACACAUAUGAUCGGCUCACCGCCCAGAAGAAGGGUAAGGGUCUCCUGAGCCCUGAAAGCGCCGAAAGCUACGAGAUGCAGGGCCGCAUGCGCAGUGUCAGUAGCGGCGCCUACGACGCCCGCUCGUCCGGUCUGAGUGGUCACGGGAAGCAGACGCACGGUGGACUGGGCAGUGGGCUCAAACGUCGCUUUGGCAGUCUGCGCAAGAAGGACGACAACAAAUGA